AUGCAAAAAACAAGUUUAAGUUAUUUUUUUGUACUCCUCAUCGUGUCCGUGACUUCAUGUGAAGAAUAUAAUUUGUACGGAGACCCUGGACAAGCUUAUGUGUUUGAAAUUGAUAUCGGACAUCCUAAACAAAAGAUUGAGUCAACAUAUGCUCAGGGGACAUGGGUUGGCAUUUUAGCAUCUGAUUUUGUCACCUUCCCUUCAUUACCGUUGAUACCAGAAGUAAGGUGUGAUAUUGCAUUGAUAACUAAGAGUCACCAGUUCUUUAUGGACGUCUCGAGAUGGCAGGGAUUACUAGGGCUUGCAUAUUUGUCAGUAAGCGCUCGAAGCGAAGGUGCCAUGGUUGGUUCUUGGUUGGAUUCCGUGGAGAGAUCAUUGAAGAGGUCUAUGUCUUUUCAGUUCAAGCUAUGUGGGAUUGUGAGUCCCAAUAACGCAACACAUUAUGGAAAAUUUGAAAUGAUAGAUGACAGUUCAAGAUCUAGUGACGUAAUUUUCCGUACUCCAAUUUUGCGUAAAAGGUGGUAUGAGAUAGGCGUACUCUCAGUGAGAACUAUUACAAAGCUACCUAACUCGUCUAUUGACAAAUCCAAUGAUACAUUAAAAGAAAACAAUACUAUUGAUAAGGAAAUGUGUAAGAAACUAACUCAAGAUAAAAGUAUUUUGGAUACUGGAACAACUAGUAUAAGACUGCCGGAUGAGAUCUUUACUAAGGUAGUAAAUGUACUUAGAAAUGCUGCACAAACAGGGAAUAUGUUGAUUUGGGAUGAAUUUUGGUACCAUGGCGAGGCUACAUGUUGGCCUGAACCUCAAGAAUGGUCUUUACCUUCAAUUGCCAUUGACAUUCUCAGUGCUGAUUCAGAUAAUGAAUAUUUUACAUUGGAAAUAACGCCACAGAACUUUAUGCGGGUGAUGACGGCUCGCAACAACAGUAAGUCGGGGCGCGUGUCCGAGUUCUGUUACAAGUUGGGGCUAGAGGCUGGCGGACAAGAGACGAUCCUUGGAUACACCGCAAUGGAAGGACUAGAGGUGCUCUUCAAUCGAUCAGGUGGUUGGAUCGGAUGGAAACCAUCCAACUGUGGUCCAAAUGCACGUAUAACAGGCCCAUAUAAUAUUUCAUCGUCUUUAAUAUCACUAUGCGAGUUGAAGGAACAGGAUCCUGAUGUUGCGGUGUCCAUUAAAGCUGCUCAAUGGACGCUCUGCGUUAUUUCCAUUGUAGCCGCUGCUGUAUUAAUAUAUUUACUGGCUCCCUGUAUUAAGGUAUACUUAAUUAGACCAUUGCCAAGAACACAGCAAAUCUCUUUAUCCCAAACAUCUCUAGUUGAAGAAGAGGCGUAA